AUGGAAGAUAUAUUCCGUUAUUUUAAGGGAGGAGAGAAGUCUGGUUUAUUUACUGAUCCCAGAGUGAAGGCGAUUCUAGACCACAACGCCCUGCCGCAAGGAGUACCAGAGGUUCCUAUUCUCAUUCUCAAAUCGGUAAAUGACGAGAUUAGUCCAAUAUCCGAUACUGAUGCCCUGGUGGAGAAUUAUUGCUCCGGCGGUGCCACUAUCGACUAUAAACGGGACCUGCUAUCUGUACAUACCACUUUAGCUGUCACCGGGGCGCCACAGGCAAUACUCUGGCUCAGGGACCGUCUUGACGGAAUAAAUGUUGAGAAAGGAUGCAAGACCUCCACCAUCUUUAUGACACUGCUUCAGCCGGGAGCCCUGGAAGUCAUGUCCAAGACUAUCAUCGAUAACUUGUUGAACCUCUUGGGGAAGCCCGUUGGACCAAGGUUGAGAACUGAAAUUGCACAUGUUCCUCCUCUUUAA